AUGAUAAAAAUUGCCAGGCUAGAGAAGGCGCUCAAGAAAUCUCAAGGCUUCAAUUCUAUCCUAAAUAUUGAAGACAUCUAUACUGAGGCCUUUGUAAGAUUGCCGAAAAAAUUCAAGAUGCCUUACAUCGAUAGAUUCGAUGGUAAUGGAGAUCCUAUUGUUCAUGUUCAACUAUUCUCAGAUGUUCUAAAACCAAUGGGCCUAACUCGGGCUCAAAAAUUGUCAUUAUUUAGAAGAACUUUAUCAAAUGUGGCAGCUAUCUGGUAUACCAAACCGGAGGACUCGACUAAACAGAAUUGGAAAGAACUUUCUGAGGGGUUUAUUAAUCAAUAUUCGUAUAAUAUGCAGAUAGAAGUGACAAUCAACGAGCUGGGAAUGACCACUCAUAAUCCCAAGGAACCUUUUAUUGACUUUGUUGCAAGAUGGAGGGCAAAGGCAACCAGGAUGAUGAACAUGCCCUCAAAAAGGGAACAAGUUCGACUAGUAAUUCAGAAUCUCAGAUCAAACAUGUUACAAUGUAUGAUAGUUGCUCCACUAUCUACGCUUGGUGUUUUGCAUGAGUUGAGGGUUCAAAUUGAGAGGACAUUCAAGAAAGGCAUUAUUCAGAGAACAAGUGAGCCAGUAAAGAGGCCGUUUACCAGGAGUACCAAUGAUAGCAAUAGCACUAUUCCUAGGCCUGUUAAGAUCAGUACCGUCGCCACAACAUCCAAAUAG